GAGACAUUGAUCCAAAAACCGGUCUCCCCCUUCUUUGGCAAAGUGGUUGCGCCCAUUUCGUGUUUCCAUGGUUGUCACACUUUCCUCUGUUGACAUCGAUGCUUCGUAGCUGUGCAGGUGGCAGUGACAACAUCGCUGCACCGACGAGAGUCAAGUAAAGGCCCGAGUAAAGAGAAAGAACAUUCAGGCCAUUACAGUGAGUCCAGUGUUCCCAUGUUGAAGAGCUGAAAUGGCUUACUCGCAGAUCCGCCUGAAAAUUCUCCCCAGUGUUCGUUGUCUCUUUGAUAAGCUGGUGCAGGUAAAAGUAGAGGGACUCUCGCCUCACAAACAAGUUGAACUGAGGUCCAAACUAGUUGAUGACAGAGGGGUAAUUUUCAAGGCUUCUGCCCUCUACAAAGCAGAUGAAAGUGGCACGGUGGAUGUCUGCCGUGCACCCUCUCUGGGAGGAAGUUACACCGGAGUGGAGCCCAUGGGUUUGUUUUGGGCCAUGGCACCGGAGACUCCACACAGUAAACUCCUGAAGAAGGAGGUGCUCAGCCCAACGCUGGUGGAGAUAGAGGCCCUGAGUAGAGAGACCGGUGAGCUCUUAGCCUCUGAAACCAACGAGAGAGGAUACAUGACAGAGGGGAUGAAGAGAAUACCCGUGCAAGAGGGACGAAUACGAGGAGUCCUCUUCGUACCACCAGGAAAGGGUCCAUUCCCCGGGAUAGUGGAUUUGUACACAUUUGGUGGACGUCUUACUGAGCCCAGAGCCAGUCUCUUGGCAAAUAAAGGUUUCGUUGUUCUGGCACUGGCCUAUAUGGGCUACCAGGGUUUACCAAAAAAACCUAAUAAGUUGGAUUUGGAGUACUUUGAAGAGGCUGCAACAUAUCUGAGGAGACAGUCAGAGGUUAAAGGUCCGGGGAUCGGCAUCAUAUCGAUCUCUCACGGCGGCACUUUGGCUUUGUCCAUGUCCUCUUUCCUCUCUGGGAUCUCAGCGACUGUCUGUAUUAAUGGCUGCAAUGCAAACAUUGCGAUUCCGAUACACUACAAAGACAUUGUUAUACCUCCGCUUUUCCCCAUCAUCAAAAACAUUAAAAUCACAGACUCUGGACUUCUAGAUAUACGGAAUGCCAUACCUGACCCUUCCUUGGAAAAGAACAGGGCGUCAUUGAUUCCAAUUGAACGUGCCAGCUGCGAGUUCCUGUUUGCUGUUUCUGAAGAUGACCACAACUGGAACAGUGUUCUCUUUGCCAACCAGGCAGCUGCAACGCUGAGAAGUCAUGGCAAAGAGUCAUUCAAGGUGGUCACAUACCCUAAAGCCGGACACUUUUUGGAAGUCCCCCACAUGCCUUAUUGUCCGUCUGGAUUUCACGGAGUAGUAGGAAGUGAUGUGGUGUUUGGUGGAGAGCCGAAAGCCCACUGUGAGGCUCAGCUCGACCUGUGGGAAAGAGUCCAGGAGUUCUUCAAGAGCCACUUGGACAACAAGAGUACUUGUUAGCAAGCAAUGCUGCGUCAAGUGUGUCAAGCAUCCCAGAGUGGCCGUCAUUAGUAUUGCUUAACCUUGCCUUUAGUUUCUAAUGAAGGACACGCUCAAAGAGGUAUUAAAUUAUACUGUAUGAGUAUUCUUAGGUUGAAGCUUUGUGUUUCAAGGGAUGGUUUGAAUUGGGAUUGUAUGAGGUACUUAUCCACCUUCAGUGGAUGGCAGCUGGUACGACCCCCAGUUUGGAGCAACAGACAGCAAAAGAAAAGAAGGUGCAAUUUCAACAAUAAUAUGCACGGCGUCUUUCUGAACCACACGAUGGAGGAUAAGACUUAAUUUGUUGAAUCGAUGUCAGACAUUUCUGCACUGUGCUGAUUUAACAAAUGUGAAUGCUUGAAUUUGGAAUGAAGUGAAUGUAUCUAGCACUGCAAUAAGCAUUAUUAGCAUAGAAUGAGUUAAGAUUUUAUAUUAUAUGCUUCAAGGAAUUUAUUAAUUCUAGUUCUGCUCCAUACAGAAUGAUUUUACUGUGUUUCUACUUAAGUCAGGUUUUCUUUAUCAUAUUAAAUAUGUUCAAGUUUAAAAUCAUAUUAGACGUCCACCUGAUAUCCAAUAGACAAUAUUCUCAUUUUAAGUCAAGUAGGAACACAGAAUGUAUAAAGAAUUCA